AUGAAUGGACGCUUCAUAGCUCAGCAGCAAGAACAUCGGAUGGGUCCAAAAACACAAGACAGACAUAUAAAAUUUAAUCUCGCCAUUCUCUCCAGUGGUAUGAGCUUGUCCUGGCCAUCACCAGUUCUCGUGAAACUACGGAAUCCUACUGAGACACCACUACCAGAACCCAUCACAGAUGAAGAGGGAUCAUGGAUCGUCUCUGCUGGAUUCUUAUGUUGCUUAGUUUCAAAUAUUUUCGGCGGUAUGCUGCUAGAUGUCAUCGGUAGGAAGUACUGCAUCUUGUUGGCUAUGCUGCCGAAGUUACUAAUUUCGUUCAUACUCAUAUUCGCUAACAGAGUAUGGAUGUUCAUAUUUUGUAGAGCAGUUAUGAUGAUGACAGAUUCAUUAGUAUACAUGGUCGUUCCUGUUUACGCUUCUGAAAUUGCUUGUAAAGACAAUCGCGGCGCGUUAGGCACGUUUCUUCAAAUAUUCUCGUCACUGGGUAUUGUAGUAACACUAGGAGUGGGACCUUUUCUAUCCUACACCAUCUAUAGCGUGGUGUUGACGGCAACGAUAGCUGUAUGCACUAUACCUUUAAUUUUUCUACCGGAUACGCCUUUCCAUCUAUAUGCUAAAGGUCGCAUCGAUGACGCUAUGAAAGUGUUAUCUUCAAUAAGAGGAUCAGAAGAAAAAGCCAAACAAGAGAUGGAAGAAUACAGAUCUAGUAAAAAUAAUGAAGAAAAGUCUGCCAAAAUGGCGUUAUUCAAGAACCGGAUGUUUUUGAAAUCCGUAUCCUUAGGAAUUUUAGUAGUAGGAGGAGCACAGCUCACGGGAUUUAAUGCUGUGCAAUUUUAUUUACAAACUAUUUUAGAGUCUACACAAACUAGCGUUAAGCCUGAAAUUGCGUCCGUUACUAUUGGCAUAAUUCAAAUGUUGGCUAGCUUUUUCACAACUCCGAUUACAAGUCGGUUCAAUAGGAAGACAAUAUUGUUAACAUCUCUUUCGGGAAUAUCCUUUGGAAUGUUGGGACUCGGUGCGUUUUUCAAGACAAUCGAAACAGAGGGCUACAAAAUUACCGGCUUUAUGAACUACUUACCAAUGAUAUCAUUGAUACUGGUCAUAUUCUGUUACUGCGCUGGUAUCGGUUCGUUGUUAUGGGUGAUAGUAACAGAAAUCUUCGAGGGACCAGCCAGGGCAUUAGGUUUUUCUAUAAGCGUGAAUUCAACAUCUAUACUCGUAUUUUUAACAACCAAAUAUUUAGCAACAAUGAUUUCAACGGUAGGACCAGCUGCAACAUACUGGUUCUUUAGUUGUAUGUGUGUAUUAGUUGGAACUUUAAUAUACAUUUUCUUACCUGAAACUAAAGGUAAGACGUUUGGUGAAAUCCAGGAGGCAUUGGGUGUCAAAAAAGCUGUCGUUAAAGAUAAAACUGCUGAUGGAAAAAAGGAAAAGAGUAACGUGUAAUUAACAUCAUUAUAGAAAAUUAUAGUUUAAAACAAAAGGUUACGAAAAAUAAACGUUUUUCAUUUCGUUUUCGUAGAUUAAAAGAAAAAAGUUUCCGAAAUUGGAUUUAAUGUCUCCUCAAAAUUUAUUAACAGUUUUAAUGUCUGGACUUAUUUUUUGUCUCGAAGGAACAUAUUUUAUGUACAAAGAUCCGCCCAACAAUGCCAUUACAUGCAUUCUGGAAAACUAGAUCUAAAACGGACCCAAAAAAAUACAUUUUUAACACAACAUUUUUAUUAUAUUCAUUUGAAACUCGAUUGGAUACAUCAAAUAAAAGCACUCUAUAAUAAUUUAAUUUAUAUUCGGAAAAGAGACUUUUUAGGAAAUACUUUUAAUACCUAGUUUUAUAAAUAUAUCAAUAGUCGAUAUUUUUUGUUAGACGCAAAUAUAGAAAUGGUGUUUUUAUAGAAGAUAGAGGAAAAUAGGCUCUACUUC